ACUGCGUUAUGCCACUAGCUAUGGCAACACUUUUGUUGCGUGUGUGAGCCCGACUUAGUACUCAAAAUAAGCUAAGCGCUAUAUAGGCUAAAAUGCGCCAUCCCAAAAUUACAAGGCAUGAGCUGCAGACAGUUAUUCUCGUUCUGCGCAUUUGAAUGUUCACUCCAUAGCUAAUUAUACUGCAUGAAUGUGCUCACAGACAUUCAUAACUUAUGUCUGUGGAUGGGCUUUGCACUUCUGAUAUACUGAUAUGCUGUGGUUGUUGCUAAACAAAGCAGACGACAUUCAACGAAAUGGUGUACUAGCAAAUGAAUGCAUGUCGCGCAGGAAGUCCUUAUCUGGUCAUUUCAGCUCGUUGGUUUCUGAACAAAAAUUACAACAUCUGGAAAGUCGGGUUCAGUUUUUCUUGGGAGCGAGUAACAAAAGUGUUCGAAUAUUGUACUCGUCCCAUUGAAUAUCUGACAGAGCAGUCAAGGCGACUUUUUUUUUUUUUUAAAUAGUCGCUCGGCCUUGUUAAUUAUGAAAGCUGUCAUCCAGAGAGUAUUAAAAGCAAGUGUAACAGGUACAUUAUGUAAAUAACCCGUUGUGAAAUCCAAUUCUAAAGAAUAUUUUUUAUCGACAAUAUUGUCAUACAUCGACUAGAGUAACAACAUGCAAACGCACAUCAGUUAAUUGUUUUGUUUAAUUCUAACUAAAAAUUUGGCUUCUUUUAAGACCACGUAAACAGCAUUUAAAUAUUAAGUAUGUAGCCCUAAAUUCGCACUAGUUACCUGUAGACAUUAAGUUCCGGUAUAAUUGUAAACUGCAGCAUUAUAUGAAAAAUGAUUACUACUGAUUGAAUUUUAUACUUUUAUCGAAAGAGUUGGUGUGUGUGGUUUUUUCCCCCCAUCCAUGUCACAUGAGAGGUCAUUAGUUUCGAGCAUUUUUUUGGGAAUCCAAUUAGUAGGAAGUGUGGGGGGCAUGCCUUAAUGAUCGCAGUUCCUAAAGGGUAGAAGUAGACCCUCCCCCUCAAAUGUUGAUUGUGUGACAAACUGAUCUGCAGUGCAGCCUGAGGUCAAAGUUAAGUUGAAAGGUGACAAUUUGGUUGUUAGUUGGUGAAGACAACAAAUGUGAAAACAAAAUGAAGGUGGUUGUAACAAACUGAAGAUUGUGUAGCUUAGUGUUUAAGUCUGAGACAUAUUGAAAAAUACAAGAUGGGUGAAGGUUUAUUUUGCAUGAAAUGAUUUGAUCUAUGUCAAGAGUGUUUGAGUCAGUCUGAAGAAUAAAUCACUGCUUCAGUUAUGGGUUGUCUGCUGUUCAUAAGUGUUAGAAUUGUUCAACUGUGAAAACUGUCCUAAGUUUGAUUCUGAAAAAAAAAGGAAUUAAGAGUGCUACUGUGUUGAGCAGUGAUGCAUAGGAUGUGAUAAGCACUAUGGUCUGUUGAGACAUAAGCUCCAAUUACGAUGAGUUUUCAUGCUGCAAUACAUUCAGAACGUUGCACAGCACACUUCAUAUCUGCUCCUUUUGUGGAAAAAAGAUGUGCACUUUUCAGAGGUUGGGAUAAACAACAUACAUGUUAUUCUGACAAGCUCUAAAUCUCCUGGCCAAGUCUGUCAGCAGAUGUGGUUCUUGUUAGGUAUAUACAAGAUAAAUGUAGGUGGCAAUUUACUUGGUUUCCAACAGAGCACCAUAUUUUGAUCCUCUGUGACAUCAGGUUGAUGAAAUUGACCUCACUUUCACAACAUGAAGGCCAGUUCCUGUACAAUAUACUGUCUUUGUGGUGCUUGUGAUGCAGUUGAUGGAGAGGUUAUCAGCUCCAUCGGGAAAGGGUUGUGUGUCCUUGUCGGAAUUUCAAGAGAUGACACAGAGGCAGAUAUGGAGUACCUAGCUCGUAAACUUUUAAAUCUUCGAAUAUUUGAAGAUGACAAUGGAAAGAGGUGGAAUCUAAGUGUAAGAGAUAAAAACUUAGAAAUCCUGUGUGUCAGUCAGUUCACAUUGUAUCAUGUACUAAAAGGUAACAAACUAGACUUCCACUGUGCAAUGCCUGCAGAGAGCUCCGAGGAAUUUUAUAACCGAUUUCUUAAACUGCUGAGAACUCAGUACAAGGAUGAUUUUGUAAAAGAUGGAAAGUUUGGUGCUUACAUGACAGUGAACAUUGAGAAUGAUGGACCUGUAACUGUUGAACUUGAAUCUCCCUCAAAGAAAAGUAAAGAGGGUGAUGGACAAAGCUAAUUUUAAAUUAGAUUGUUAUUCUUAUUUCUGUAAUUUAAGUAUAAAUUACUAAAAUGAAGAUUACAUAUAAUAUGGAAAUACCUGCAUUAAAGUUUUUUGUGUAACUGUAAGCAGAGAGGAGAAACAUGAGGGUACUUCAAUGAGGUUUUUGGAAUGUUUGUUAAUGAAAUAGGUGAAGGUUGGGCAGGUGACCAAGUGUUGCUUCACUUCUUGUAUCCACACACAGAUUACAGAAACAGUACUUAUUUUGGAAAUAUGUUUUGUAUUUCUACAGUGUUCGUGUGAAAUGUCAUUUCCACUUUUUUACAUUUCCAAAUUUGUUACACACAGGUUUACCACAUAUUAUAUGUAAAGACAUGGAAAGAAUAAAGAUGGCAUAAUUUUGAGUGCCUGAA